CUUGUAGAGUAGUUAGAGAGGGGGAAGGUGAAAAGGAGCUGAAGUGAAGAUGGCGAGAGGGUCCCGGUGUUUGCGGAGAGCGGUAGCAGAAUGUAUUAAACAGUUACCCUCCACAGCAACUCGGGAAACUCCUGGGAGGAAUGGAGUGAGAUAUUUGUCAUCAUGUGGGAUUUUGAUGACCAGAGUGCCGCCUCUCCUGAGGACUGUGUCUGGCCGUGCCGUAGUCGCUCCAGCCAGAAGCUUUUUCAACCUUGCUGAUUCCUUUAAUAAGAGGAAGGAGUAUUCUGAGAGGCGCAUCAUUGGGUAUUCCAUGCAGGAGAUGUAUGAGGUUGUUGCCAAGGUGGAGGACUAUCUUCAUUUUGUUCCAUGGUGCAAGCGCUCAGAUGUGGUCUUCCGGCGCUCUGGGUUCUGUAAGGCCAAGCUGACUGUUGGCUUUCCUCCGGUGGUGGAGAACUACACAUCUCUUAUUACGACAGUGCGCCCUCAUAUGGUCAAGGCCUCAUGCUCUGAUGGUAAACUCUUUAAUCAUCUGGAGACAGUCUGGCGUUUCAGUCCUGGACUACCUGGCUACCCUCGAACGUGCACCCUGGACUUUGCUAUUUCCUUUGAGUUCCGCUCACUCCUGCAUUCUCAGCUGGCCACCGUGUUCUUCGACGAAGUGGUUAAGCAGAUGGUGUCUGCGUUUGAGCGACGGGCCUGCAAACUGUACGGCCCUGAGACGCAGAUACCACGUGAGCUAAUGUUCCACGAGGUCCACCACACGUAGCCUCUCUCUGUGCACUCCAAGGCCAGCGGGGCGAGAGGGCGUUCUUUGGCGGGGAGGGGGAUUCUGGGAAAGGGGGCUGUUGGAGGGAGGGCGAGGGUCGAGCCUUAUGGUGACAAGUUCACGUGCCUCAGUAACUACAGUGCCUGGUCCAAACGAAACAUUUGAUUUUUAUGUUUUUAUUAUAUUUUCUGUGGCUGGAUCUAACUUCUGGGCUGCUGAGCCCUGCCAAUCUGCCUCACUCCUGCUUCUGUGGGUAACAUACUGUGUUCAAAGUACACUUGAGCCAUAAUGCUUUUAAUGGCAGCUGUUGAAGGAGCGAGUGAACCAAUUUUGGUUUUGGGGAUGAUGCACAGGGCGAAGGACAUGGAGAUAGAUGGAGCCUGUGUUAUUUAGGCUAAGCACAUUCGAGCUUCGGUGGGAACGAGACAGAAAUGGCUUUUCAGGAGAGGAGAUUCUGAACAGUUAGCCUGAGGACCCCCCAAAAAAAAAUAUAUGCACAUUUCUGUGUUUUGAGUGCAUCUAGCAUAUCUAAUUCAACUGCUAGUUAAUGAACAAGCUCUUCAUAUUCUUAGAAGAAAAAAAAAAACACAGAAGUGUGCAUAACACUGGGUCUCUAACUUUUCCCUCAUGUCAUUGGGUAUUUUUUUUUUUUAAGUAAAUGAACAUAAACAUUAAAAUCUUUCAAGCGGAGCAGAACUGGAUAGUCCAGGAAAGGAGGGAUGUUUGUUUUACACCAUGAUCAUCAUGUGUAAACACAACCUGCGUUUAUUGAACAGCCUGUGAAUGGAUGUUCAAUAAUGUGGGAUCUUUUUAAAGGGAUAAGACAUAAGCAGAGAGGCAUAAGGAGAGAGAGGGUACAGUGUAUUUCUGUGUUGACUGACUGACUGAUUGAUUUAUUCUGCAGCCGGGUGCACAUUGUCAAGUCAAGGAAUCACCAGCAGGUGGCGGUCUUCCAUACCAGCAUCACACAGGCUUUCUGUCACUCAAGUGCUACUUGAAGUCUGAACAAAACUUUCGUAUAGCAAUAAUUUUACCUGUGUCUAGUGUCUGGAAGAGGAACGUAAGGUGCCUUAUUUAAUUUGCUGCCUUUUCAUCGACGCAACGGGAGCACAAUACGUAACAUCUUUUGGUGUGUCUCAGUAAGUGUCCAAAACCAAGGACUGUUUUUAUUGUAAAAGCGUGCAAUAUAUUUGUAAAGGUUGAUUUUUAACACACAUAGUUCCUUGCAAGUUAUGAUAUCCACUGCUUCUUUAAGGGCCCAAACUCUGGGAGAAAAGACGGGAGGGGGAAAAAAAUAAUAAAAAAAAGUUCCCUGACUGCUCUCCUGAGAUUUGCUGUAGUGGUGAGGUAUCUGCCACAUUAGACCGCAAAGAUUCCAUUUCAACACCCCACGCCCUUACUGCUUUUUUUAAACUAGCGAGUUACAUAUUAUUUAUCAUUAAUAAAAUAUGUAUGCUUUGACGUCAUAUAAAGUAUUUAUUUUGGUUGUGGGGAAAACCACGUGUACAUAAACUGAUGUAAGACCACAAACUAGUGUAUGGACAACAAUGUACAAAUAGAUAUGUUUUUUUUUUUGUUUUGUUUUAGUAUUGAUUGAUUGGGGGUUUUAGUGAGUGUGAGGUGAAGAGUAUGUAUCCUGCCUGCAUGGUUUAUAAACUAUUUUUAUAUUUAAAAAUCA